CAAAAGAAAGGCGAGAUGCAAUUGAAUGAAAGGAAACUUUUAAAUCUUUCCAUUUUUAGAUAUGGUUCUAUUAUUUUCUACCUGGUGUUCUUAGCUGCAACCGUAGUAUACUUAGUCUUAGAUACAAGUGACAACAGAAAUCGUCUGAUACCCAUUUCGGGCUUAUUCAUUUUUCUGCUGAUAGGUUAUGCCUCUUCAGCAGCAAGGACAAUGAUCCCAUGGAGGACAGUCAUUUGGGGUUUGAUCCUUCAGUUCCUUUUUGGCCUUCUGACUAUCAGGUGGGAUGUGGGUCGCAACAUCCUGCAGUGCCUUGGCGACAAAGUCAACAUCCUCACGGGAUAUGCUUUCGACGGAGCAGCGUUCACCUACGGGGACGACUUGGUGUACACCCAAGGAGUAUUCGCUUUUAAAGCUCUUUCCACCAUUUACCUGCUGAGUUUGCUGGUGAACAUACUCUACUACUAUGGGAUCAUGCAGAAGGUCGUGGGAGUGAUAGGAAACUUCCUCCAGUGGAUAAUGGGCACCUCCAUUUGCGAGAGCGUCAACAGCGCCGCGAAUAUCUUCUUGGGACAAAGUGAAGCCCCACUUCUGAUAGCCCCCUAUCUGAAAGACCUGACAGACUCCGAGCUCCACUCGAUCAUGACCUCUGGAUUCGCCACCGUGUCAGGUUCCGUAUUGGCCGCCUAUGUGAGCUUCGGCGCCAGGGCCCAGGAUUUGAUCACCUCCAGCAUCAUGUCCGCCCCCGCUGCACUCUGUUUCAGCAAGCUUAGCUACCCCGAAACCGAGGACAUUAGGAUACACAAGAAGAACAUACACGCCGUUGAAGUUGGGUACGACUCUGUGAUGGACGCUGCCAGCAAGGGUGCCGUUGACGCCUUCAAGCUGGUCGCCGGAAUCAUAGCCAGUGUCAUAGCCUUUCUGGCCUUUGUCUACUCCAUAAACGGUAUCCUAGGCUGGCUGGGAGCAUUAGUAGGUUUCGUGGACGAGGACGAUAUUUGGUCCCUGGAGGUGAUAGUUGGGAAGAUUUUCAUUCCUCUGAGCUUCGUAAUGGGUGUGCCUUGGGAAGAAUGCGAGAACGUUGGAAGAUUGAUAGGCAUAAAGACGAUGGUGAACGAGUUCGUAGCCUUCCAGAGAAUGCAGGAAAUGAUCACGCAGAAUCUCCUGAGCGAGAGGACGAAGGUAAUAGCGACCUACGCCAUCUGUGGAUUCUCCAACCCGGGCUCCAUAGGCAUCCAGCUGUCCGCUCUCGGAGCUCUUGUGCCCACCAAGAGUGAAGUCUUGACCAGGGUCGUCUUCAGGGCGUUUUUCGGAGGGUCCAUAGUCUGUUUUAUGACAGCGUGCAUAGCUGGUACUCUAAUGCCUGACGACAGCGUGUAAAGACUACAAGGAUAAUAUUUAUCCUUAUUAUUUUGACUUUGAAACUACUUAUUUGACUAUUUUGCAACAUUUUGGCUCAAAAUUAGUUAUUACUGGACUGCUUACCGGUUUGGAAUGCAAAUAUUAUGUAUUCUACAGGGUGUUCUCGAAGUUGAGUCACUUAUUUUAAAUUGUUACAAUUUGUUUAUAAUUUGUUUUUACAACGCGG